AGAUUUUGAAAGUAGAAAAGAACGGGACAGAGCGGCUGGGUUUGCCAGGUGUGAUCUUUACACCGCAUUUUGUGCAAUAUAGAGAAAGGCUGGCGACCUGAGGUUUCCACCUCUGAAUCACCUUCCAACAUAAGGAUUCCUCAGAGGUAUGUGGCUUGACAGCUCUGAGGCCUGACCCUGCCCUGCCGAUGUCUGGAUGUCUGUGAGCGGGCUGGCAGCCUUCCUCGCCGCGAUGGGUUCGGAGCUGAGCAGCCACGGGCACCAGCUGGAGGACGACUCCACGUACCACCACUCCCUGCACGCCGCAGACAUCCUGGACGCACUCAACGACCAGCGGCUGCAUGGCAGGUACACAGACGUAGUGGUGUGCGCUGACGGGGUGGAGUUCCCGUGCCACCGCGCCGUGCUGGCAGCCAGCGUCCCGUACUUCAGCGCCAUGUUCGGCAGCGACAUGAAGGACAGCAACGCAGAGAAAGUGGAAAUCAAACAGGUAAAAGCCAGUGUAAUGGGUGAGCUGGUUCAGUACGUGUACACCGGCCGGGUGAGGAUCACGUCCCAGAACGCGCAGGCCCUGUUGGAGGCUGCCUGCAUGUUCCAGUGCGCCUCGCUGCGGGACGGCUGCUGCCGCUUCCUGGCCAAGAACCUGGACCCCUGCAACUGCCUGGGCGUGCAGCACCUGGCCGACGCACUCUCCUGCACAGAGCUGUACACCAAGGCCAGGGAGUUCUCUCUGCAGCACUUCCUGGAGGUGGUCCAACACCAGGAGAUUCUGCAGGUCCCAGAGGAGAGCUUCAUGGAGCUUCUGUCCAGUGAUGACAUCAACACGGACUCAGAGGAAGCGGUGUUCGACGUCGCAAUGGCCUGGGUCCGGUACGACGUGGAGACAAGAAAAGACAGUCUAGCCAAGGUCAUGUCCGUCGUGCGACUGCCGCUCGUCAGGUCGGAGUUCCUACUUGACACGGUGGAGACCGACCCGCUGAUCCGCGACUCCAAGGAGUGCCAGGAGUUUGUGGUGGAGGCGAGGCGCUACCAGCUGCUGACGUACAAGCGCCAUGAGCUGCAGAGUCCGCGCACCCGGCCCCGGUUGUCCACGGGGUUCGCCGAGGUGAUGCUGGUGCUGGGGGGAGAGUACGAGGAAGCCACGCUGAACACGGUGCACUACCGGAGCCCCAUCACUAGCAGCUGGAUCCCGCUGAAAAACAUUCCGCGGCGAAACGAGGAACAGUACAGCGUUGUGACGCUUGUCAACGAUAUCUAUCUCAUCGGAGGCGUGUUUAAAGGGAGGCCGCUGUGUCGGGUGUGUUGCUAUGACUCGUGUCUGGACGACUGGCGGUUCGUUGCGAGUUUGUUGGUGGCGCGCUACCGCCACGGGUCGUGCGUUCUGAAGGGACAGAUCUACGUGGUGGGGGGGUUUGACGGGAACAAGCGGCUCAGCCAGGUGGAGAAGUACGACCCGAGCUCCAACCAGUGGCAGGCGACGGUGCCGCUGCCCACGGCGGUCAGCAGCCCGGCCGUCGCCACCUGCCAGGACCGGAUGUUCGUCAUCGGCGGCGUCUGCAACGACGGGUCCGACUCCAGCCUCGUGCAGAUCUUCGACCCCGACCCCGUCGUCUGGGAGACCGUGGAACUCCCGCUCAUCGAGAACCGCUGCGCCGUCGCCGUGGUGAUGGACUCGAAGAUCUACCUGAUCGGCGGCUUCUCGAACAAAGUCCUUGUGUUAGACCCGAGCACCAUGGAGGUGUACCGAGUAGCGGACAUGAACAUCCCGCGAACGUUUCACGCGGCGACGAGCCUGGGGGGUAAGAUUUACGUGGCUGGCGGGAAACCGGACAGCGUGAGCAUGCCGGACGACAGUAUCGAGUCGUACGACCCGACGGAGGACCGUUGGGAGAUGGAGGGGAGCCUGCCGUGUCCCCUGUACCUGCACGGGAUCGCAGCCAUACACAAGUACAUCGGGAAUGAGGGGAACCUGGCGUAUGUGGACUGAAUAAGGAGGUUCACAAACAAGAAGUGUGCAUGACCAGUGUCAAGCCUUAGAGAGAUAAACAAAACAUGUCAGAAGACC